GCGGACGCUGAGGGCGGGAAAGCGGCGGCUGCGCGCUUGCGGAGCCGGGCGAGCUCGCCGAGGAUGUGGCGAGGUCGGGACGAUGGAGUUCUCGGAGAGAGAGGCGAGCGGUACCUCUCUAUACUCAGACAAGAAUGAGCGGUGUUCAGGAGGCUGCUCAGUGACUUUCCACAUUCGAAGGCCAGCACCGGCCCUCGGUAACCCGGCCGUAGUGCGGCAUGGAGGCCACACGACCGCCGGGUCUCCAGCACGCGGUUCUGAAAGACUUUGCUUCAUCAACUGUUUGAUUAUUCAGAGAUGCAGUUCAUACAGAAAAGCUCAGAGACAACUUGAAGCAAACAUCCCAACUCUGUGAACUUCAGUUUGGGCAUAAAUUCCAGGUUUGCCAUAUGUGUCAUUGUCUCAGCAGAUGGCACCACCUAGUCCAAGCAACAGUACCCCUAACAGCAGCAGUGGAAGCAAUGGAAAUGACCAGCUGAGCAAAACCAAUCUCUACAUCCGGGGACUGCAACCAGGCACUACUGACCAGGACCUUGUCAAGUUGUGUCAGUCAUAUGGCAAGAUUGUCUCCACUAAGGCCAUACUGGACAAGACCACAAACAAGUGCAAAGGCUAUGGCUUUGUGGACUUUGAUAGUCCUUCAGCAGCACAGAAGGCUGUGACAGCACUGAAAGCCAGCGGUGUGCAGGCACAGAUGGCAAAGCAACAGGAGCAGGACCCCACAAAUUUGUACAUAUCAAACCUCCCACUGUCUAUGGAUGAGCAAGAACUGGAGGGGAUGCUGAAGCCCUUUGGCCAGGUUAUCUCCACUCGAAUCCUUCGAGACACCAGUGGGACCAGCAGAGGGGUUGGCUUUGCAAGGAUGGAGUCCACAGAGAAGUGUGAAGCCAUCAUCACCCACUUUAAUGGAAAAUAUAUUAAGACACCCCCUGGAGUACCAGCCCCAUCUGAUCCUUUGCUUUGCAAAUUUGCUGAUGGUGGUCCAAAGAAACGACAGAACCAAGGAAAAUUUGUGCAAAAUGGACGUGCCUGGCCAAGGAAUGGAGACAUGGGUGGUAUGGCCUUGACCUAUGACCCCACUACAGCUCUUCAGAACGGGUUUUACCCAGCUCCUUAUAACAUCACCUCCAACAGGAUGCUUGCUCAGUCUGCACUCUCCCCAUAUCUUCCAUCUCCUGUGUCUUCAUAUCAGAGAGUAACUCAGACAUCUCCUCUACAAGUACCUAACCCGUCUUGGAUGCAUCACCAGUCAUACCUCAUGCAGCCUUCAGGUUCAGUUCUGACGCCAGGGAUGGAUCACCCCAUUUCUCUCCAGCCUGCCUCCGUGAUGGGACCUCUUACCCAGCAAUUGGGCCACCUCUCCCUCAGCAGCACAGGCACGUAUAUGCCAACAGCUGCAGCUGUGCAAGGAGCUUACGUUUCCCAGUUCACCCCUGUGCCUUCUUCCAGUGUUUCAGUUGAGGAGAGCAGUGGCCAGCAAAAUCAAGUGACGGUGGAUGCUCCCUCAGACCAUGGGGUCUAUUCUUUCCAGUUCAACAAGUAACAGCGGUAAGAACCACACGCUGAGGGGCGGGGUGUGCUGAGCAGCCUGAAGUCAGACAGGUUCUCAUAUUUGUCAUCUCCCCUUCCUACCCUCUCUGGCUUAUGCCUCCUUUAGGAAACUCCCCUCCCAUCUUUGUUGAAUACAAAUGAAUUCUUGGAGAUGCUGAUGUUCCCAGACUCCAGAGGGCUAACCCGGAAUACAGACCAUCUGUGGGCUCUGCUAAGGACUGACGCUUGGCCAUGAUUUUUCACAGGCCUGGGCCUAGAAAAAGGAAUCUCUGCACUCCUGCCCUCUGCUAUUCUCCAUCCCUAACGGAGCCGGGGGGACCGUCACUUUCUGUGUGUGCUAGCUUCAAGGAGAUCAAAAACACUUUUUUUCUUUCUUUUGAAAAGAAAAUUUUAUGUUUUUUUUGUUUUUUUGUUUUUUAACAGCAAUAUAUACCCCAAAGAGAUAUGGUGGCUGGAGCUGCUUCUUAACAGUUUUUAAUGUGUUGGACUUAUUUGGGGAGGCUUUAAAAAAAUUUGUUAUAAAAAUUUCAUAAAUUCUCCUCUAAAAAAAAAAGAAAAAGAAAGGUGUGGUGCUAGAAUACGGAUGAAGGAGUCUGACUGUGGGCCCUUCUUACUGAAUUUAGUUAUGGACCUUUUUGGUGUGUGUAAGAAAAUAUGCAGACUUUUGAAAUUUUGUUUUAUAAAGCUCUUGACUCACAUCUCCCAUCUCUUCUUCACAUAUUUUAUGCCUUCUUUGUCUCAUCCAGAUUGUUCUUUUUCUCUUUUCCAUACAGUAGAGCCUGCAUACUUUGCCUUUUUAUAAUUUUUAAUUUUCUGAAAUUUUUUUGGAAUGAAAUUUCCUAUGGAAUUUUUGGGGACUGGGCAAGGAACAGGUAGAACAUGAAGCAGGCAGUGGAAGUCGCUUUUCCUCCCUCUGCCCCGCCACAUCCUGGGAGAAAAGACUAGACUUCACCUUCAGGAAGCAGAGAUGUGACCCAGGCUUAUUAGAGACAAUCCCACAUCCUUUGGAAGCCAUCCUUGAGCCAAAAUUGGAUGAAGAGUAGGUCUUCUUUGGCAAGUUCCAGAAGGGUGGACUUACUGACUUCUGACUAAUUCUUCUCACGGCCAAGGCCAACGCACUCUUGAGGAAGAAUCUUCUCCCACUACAGCUUUUCAGGAACACUUGUUUUCCUGCUUCCUGGAGGACCUUCUUUUUUGCCCUGGGUCUCAGGCCCUUCUCCUCCCCAUCGCACAUUACUGUACUCAGAGCCUUUCCAGUUGUGACCUUGCCGAAUCCACUUAGGCUUCUUCCCCACUGUGGAAGGUCAGCUGCUUUACCUCUAGACCAGUGGUUCUCAAGGAGGUGGUUUUGUCCCCUGGAGGCCAUUGACAAUCUCUGGAGACAUUUCUGAUUGUCAUGCCUGGGAGUGGGGGCUGUGUGCUACUGGCAGCUAGUGGCUAGAGACCAGGGAUGCUGCUAAAGAUCCUAUAGUGCACAGGACAGCCCCAACUCCCCCAGCAAAGAAUUAUGUGGCUCAAAAUGUCAGUAGUGCCAAGAUUGAAAAACCUGGGUAUAGAAGGUGUCCGUCACUCCUGUAGCAGAUCACUUGGUAAAUUCCCACCCCAACCGUGGACACACAGUGCCUUUUGACAGUCAUGCAACUAGAGGGUCCUUGAAUUUUCCCUAGGCUUUGACCUUUGACACUUCUGCAUACAGCAAGAGCUGUCCUUGAAAGGCUUGUACUGUUGUGCGCAUGCCACAUGCACACACACAUUCAGAGGGACUGAGUGGGGACUGUUCUGUGUGUGCAGUGCAGGGGUGGGAAAGGACAAAGCUCUCUGUAACUGUCCAGAGCAACCUGCCCUGCCCUGGUAUGUUUGGGCCCCUUUUCCAAGGAACCAGGACAUCAAAAAUAAUUUUCCUUCUUGUGGAAGGACAACAGGGAGCUAGGAUAGAAAAGGGCAGUGAAGCCUAUCUCAUUAUUUUCAAGGUCAGGAGUCCUUUAAAAAAGUCCAUUUUUUGCUCUUUAAUUCCAUGUCUUGUUGCAAGACCUGACUCUGUGUACAUGGAGACAGACAGGAGAAAGCCUUUGCCCAUCUCCUAGGAAAUAAGAUCCUGCACCUGUCUUCUCCCAAGUCACUCACUUAUGCACUGAAUGGAGAGUUCUGCCCCCCUUCACUUCAGGGUCAGGUGCCUUUCCACUGGACAUUCAGAUGGAGAGACAGGUGUUCAUUAGCGUGGCUGUAGGGAGAGGAAGAUGAUAUUGGGGGCGGGGAGCUGUACACAGAGCUUGGGCCCAGCUUUCCCUUCCCUCCCACCCAUCCCAGAAUUGAGACUCUCAAUGCUCCCUAUCCCUAGACUGUCCUUUUGUACAUCCUAGGGGUAAGGGAGUGGGGGACAAUGGGUAGGAUGUUAGGUGUAAAGGACAAAAUUGCCACUAUUUUUUCAUGGGUGCUUCCAAACUCAGGAAGGGCUUAUCCAAUGUACAACAGCCCCACGCUCAGUAACCUUCUAGAAGGGUUUAGCUGGGCAGGUAGCUCAUUUCUGAGUCUCCAGCCCUUAGUCAAGGGAAGUACACCAUAGAUUUCUUGUCAGUGGCGUGGAAGAAAAAGAAAAAUCUAGAAUCCUGUUCAUUUGAUUGAUAGUUUGGGGAAACUUGCUCUGCUAGGAGGUUUGGUGCAGUUGGGGCCUUUCAUGGAUGGAAACUGUUGAUGUCACUGCUGCCCCUUCUCUGCCUCCCAGAACUCCUGAUUCUGCUUUCUCUGUAUUUAAAAAAAUAUUCAAAUGGC